AUGUCGGAAAACCAGAAGCCUCUCCCCUUCAUCUACCAGUUUGCCGCCGGCGCGGUGGCUGGUGUGUCCGAGAUUCUCGUUAUGUACCCAUUGGAUGUGGUCAAGACCCGAGUUCAACUGCAGACCAACGCCGCUACCGGUGAGGAGGCCUACAAUGGCAUGUUCGACUGCAUGCGCAAGAUCGUCAAGCAUGAAGGCUUCUCCCGUCUAUACCGCGGUAUCAGCGCUCCCAUCCUGAUGGAAGCGCCCAAGCGUGCGACCAAGUUCGCCGCCAACGACAGCUGGGGAUCGUUCUACCGAGGCCUCUUCGGCGUGGAGAAGCAGAACCAGAGUCUGGCCGUGCUCACGGGUGCCACGGCUGGUGCCACCGAGUCCUUCGUCGUGGUGCCCUUCGAGCUGGUCAAGAUCCGUCUGCAGGACCGCGCCUCGGCCGGCAAGUACAACGGCAUGCUGGACGUGGUGAAGAAGAUCGUUCAGACCGAGGGUCCCCUGGCCAUGUACAACGGUCUGGAGUCGACCCUGUGGCGUCACAUCCUCUGGAACAGCGGUUACUUCGGCUGUAUCUUCCAGGUGCGCGCGCAGCUGCCCGCCGCCGAGCCCGGCAACAAGGCCCAGCAGACCCGUAACGACCUCCUGGCCGGUUCCAUCGGUGGUACGGCCGGUACUAUUCUCAACACCCCCAUGGACGUCGUCAAGUCGCGUAUCCAGAACAGCCCCAAGGUUCCCGGUCAGACGCCCAAGUACAACUGGGCCUGGCCCGCCGUCGGCACCGUCAUGAAGGAGGAGGGAUUCGCUGCCCUGUACAAGGGAUUCCUUCCCAAGGUGCUCCGUCUGGGACCUGGUGGUGGUAUCCUGCUGGUGGUGUUCACCGGUGUCAUGGAUUUCUUCCGCCAAAUGCGGGGCGAGUAA